AUCCUCGAGAGUUUGAGGUAGUGAAAAAGUGUCACGUAUCUAUCAACCUACAAUCUAACAUGAAUUGUCAAAAACACCCUCUCUAGUCUCUAGUGAUCAUGUUCUAGUUUCCCGGGACUCCCCUUGUCCUGAAAAUCGUUUUAAAACCCAAAAAUGCACUUAGGGACGUCUAGCUAAUAUAUAACACCAAAAACACAAAAUAAACCAAACACUCUGUAAAGCGACUAUUCAUGCAAUGAAAGAUAGCUUUUCUUGCUCAACCCCCAUCCUUACCCCCAAAACAUCACCCUCUAAAAUCCCAAAAAUCCAGUUCACAAAUCUGUCCCACCAAAAUAUGUUAUCACCAUCGUCGUACGUCAUAUAUAUAUAUAUACCAAAAUAUUAAUUAUGCUUACCUAUAUAUUGUUAGAUAUAUGUAAACACAAUAUUUGGAAUCUUAUAUAAGUAGUAUAGUAUAAGUGUUGAUCUCCUUGAUCAAUUAGUAGUGGUCAAUUCCAAAGUGUUUUAGCAUUAUUUAUGAAGGUGUUCAAUUAUAAGCCGCUCGUUUAGGAGCAAAUAUGUACAAUAAUAAAUUAAUAAUACAAUAAUACUUUCUUUUUUAAAAAAAAAUGAAAAUGAAUACAAUAAUACUUAUACGGUUAUAUAUAUAUAUCUACAUAUGAAAUUAUGCUUCCAAUUUGUGGAUGGACCACACCAUUGAAUCCCAUGCACCAAAAAGUAGACAUAUAUAAAAUGAUCUACGGUUUUAGAUAAAAUCCCUAUUUAUCUUCUUUUGUAGUUUAUAGUUUUAAAAUGCUUAAUUGUGAUUGGUCUUAAUGCUCGUGUAGAGAUGGAAAACUCAGAUACUUCAUCCAACUCCAAACCAGUCAAUGUACCACCAUUACCAAGAGACUCCCGGGGUUCGUUAGAGGUAUUCAAUCCAUCCAGCUUCUCCGCCGCCUCCACCCGCCCCUCCAACCCGCCGUUCCGGCCCCAAUCCUCAUGGCAGAGCUGGGAGGCUACUCCGGAACCCGACCCAGUACCCAAGCUCGCCUCCUCCAAGCCCGCCCAAGGCGACGACAUAAUUACCUCAUGGAUGGCCCUCAAGGACCCGGCGGCUCCGCCCUCACCGAAUUUACAACCUUCUCCUUCUCCUUCUCCACCGACUACGACUGCGGUAGCUCCGAUCAUCCAACGGACAUUCUCGGCCAUCCUUAAUGACAAAUCAGAGAGCUCCAAUAAGGAAGUCGGAACAGUUGCAGCACAGAGAGCCGCCGAGUGGGGCCUGGUGCUGAAGACCGACUCCGAGACCGGGAAGCCGCAGGGAGUUGCCGUGAGGACAUCCGGAGGGGAUGAGCCGGCUAACAGUAACAUAAUCAAGGGGAGCUCUCGUCGGAGCUCCAACAACUCAGUUCGGACCUCCGGUGAAUCUUCCGACGACGGAGGAGCCGGCGGGAAGGAGAGAGGUUUCCCGAGAGUGUCUGAGGAUCUAAAGGACGCGCUCUCGGCGUUUCAGCAAACUUUCGUGGUCUCGGAUGCUACCAAACCCGAUUACCCGAUUCUGUAUGCGAGUGCCGGGUUCUUCAAGAUGACGGGUUACACUUCCAAAGAGGUUAUUGGCAGAAACUGCCGGUUCUUACAAGGGUCGGGUACUGACCCGGAAGAGUUGGCAAAGAUUAGAGAAUCAUUGCAAGCAGGAUCCAGUUAUUGUGGGCGGCUGUUGAAUUACAAGAAAGACGGGACCCCAUUUUGGAAUUUAUUGACGAUUGCACCCAUUAAGGAUGAGACUGGCAAAAUUCUCAAAUUUAUUGGGAUGCAAGUCGAAGUGAGUAAGCAUACAGAGGGGUCCAAGGAGAAAACAGUCCGUCCAAAUGGAUUACCAGAAUCUUUGAUUCGUUACGAUGCUCGUCAGAAAGAUAUGGCAAGCAGCUCAGUUAGCGAGCUAGUACAAGCAGUGAAGAGACCGCGAGCACUCAGCGAAUCGAUGAACCGUCCCUUCAGAAGAAAAUCUGGAGGAGGUAUUAAAGAACAGGAAAAAACAGAUCCCCAAGCUUUGUCAAGAAGAAAGUCAGAGAGUGUAGCUCCACCAAGGAGGAAUUCACAUGGUGGCUCUAGAAUAAUGAUGCAGCGCAUCAGCGAACUCCCUGAAAAGAAGCAGAAAAAAUCUAACCGCCGCUCUUUCAUGGGGAGGCUUAUUAGGAAGAGUCAAUCUGAUAAUGACAAUCUUGAGGAUGAUAAUAUUGUUGUGGUGGAUAAUGUUGAGAGUGAUGAGGAUGAUGAUGAUGAUGAUGAUGAGGAUACAGAUGGGCCUUUGGAUGUUGAAGUAAAGAAAAGGCAGAAGGAAAUGAGAAAGGGUAUUGAUCUUGCUACCACCCUCGAACGUAUAGAGAAAAACUUUGUCAUUACUGAUCCAAGGCUGCCUGAUAAUCCCAUUAUUUUCGCUUCUGAUAGCUUCUUGGAGCUUACAGAGUACAGCAGAGAAGAAAUCUUGGGAAGAAAUUGCAGGUUUUUACAAGGACCUGAAACCGAUCCGGCAACAGUGAGAAAAAUAAGAGACGCAAUUGACAACCAAAAAGAUGUUACUGUGCAACUCAUUAACUAUACCAAAACUGGCAAAAAGUUCUGGAACCUGUUCCAUCUGCAGCCUAUGCGUGAUCAGAAGGGAGAAGUACAGUAUUUUAUUGGAGUGCAACUAGAUGGUAGUCAGCAUGUUGAGCCGCUUCGAAACUGUAUUCCAGAACAAACUGCAGAAGAGGGCGAAAAACUGAUCAAAGAAACUGCAGAAAAUGUUGAUGAUGCAGUGAGAGAACUUCCAGAUGCCAACAUGAAACCUGAAGAUCUAUGGCUAAACCACUCAAAGUUGGUUCAACCAAAGCCUCAUAGAAAAGAUAGUCCUUCGUGGCAAGCUUUCCAAAAGAUUCUAGGUGAAGGAGAGCAGAUAGGAUUGAAGCAUUUUAAGCCUAUAAAGCCCUUGGGAUCUGGUGAUACUGGCAGUGUUCAUUUGGUAGAAUUGUGUGGAACUGGUCAGUUUUUUGCCAUGAAAGCUAUGGAUAAGGGUGUUAUGCUUAACCGUAACAAGGUGCAUAGAGCUUGUGCAGAGAGAGAAAUUCUUGACAUGUUGGAUCACCCUUUUCUUCCAGCAUUAUAUGCUUCAUUUCAGACCAAAACUCAUAUUUGUCUGAUAACUGACUAUUGCCCCGGAGGAGAACUCUUCAUGCUUUUGGAUAGGCAACCCACAAAGGUCAUUAAAGAAGAUGCUGUCAGAUUUUAUGCUGCUGAAGUAAUAAUUGCCUUGGAGUACCUACACUGCCAAGGGAUAAUCUACAGGGAUUUGAAGCCUGAAAAUGUUCUAAUCCAGGGUAGUGGACAUGUUGCCCUGACUGAUUUCGAUUUGUCCUGUUUGACAUCUUGCAAACCGCAGCUCUUAGUUCAAGAAACAUCUGAUAAGAAAAAGUCACAUAAAAAUCAACAAAAGCCAAUCUUCAUGGCCGAACCAAUGCGAGCAUCAAAUUCCUUUGUUGGCACUGAAGAAUACAUAGCUCCGGAAAUUAUAACUGGGGCUGGUCAUACGAGUGCAGUUGACUGGUGGGCUCUAGGCAUUCUUCUAUAUGAAAUGCUUUAUGGAUACACACCAUUCAGAGGAAAGACAAGACAAAAGACCUUCGCCAAUAUUCUUCACAAAGAUCUCAAAUUCCCAGGCAGUAUACCGGUAAGUCUGCAAGCAAAACAAUUGAUGUACAGGUUGCUGCAUAGAGAUCCCAAGAACAGAUUGGGUUCAAGGGAAGGUGCUAAUGAAAUUAAACGACAUCCUUUCUUCCGGGGUAUCAACUGGGCUCUAGUUCGCUGCAUGAACCCUCCAAAGCUUGAGGCUCCUCUCUUCGAGACCACUGAAACUGAAAAGGGAGAGAAAGUAGUGGAUCCUCAGUUAGAGGAUCUACAAAACAAUGUUUUUUAAUGGGUGAUUGAGCAGGUUUAAUUGGCAGGAGCUGCAUUUGUUGGAAAAUCAAAAUAAGAUGAUGCUCCUCUUUUUUGGAUUCUUCUUUGUUAAUAAGGGACAUGCAGUAAAUCAUGUAAUUUGGUUUGAGUACUAGGAAUUUGAGUAAAUCAUGUAAUUUGGUUUGAGUACUAGUAAAUCAUGUAAUUUGGUUUGUUAAUAAGGGACAUGCAGUAAAUCAUGUAACUUGGUUUAUUUUUCUUUGCUAAGCAUGUAGGUGGAAGCUUUUUAUUAGUUUGUACUAGGAAAUUGAGGCUAAUCUUUUUUGUCUUUAAUGACCGCCACCAAGUUUGUUUUGUAAUCUGUAUUAUUUUGUUGCAACUUUGGAAAUUUAUUUAUAUUAAUAUGGUAUCUGCUCGAGUGUGGGGUUUGUUU